CCCCACAAGCCCUAAUUACUCAAAUAAGCCCCAAUUUCUCCAUUCGCACUGUGCAUAUAAAUACAUAAACGUCAUAUGCAGGGAUAAUUGUAUAAAGUAGAAUUGAAUUGGAAAGAUUGAGGCUUUGUUUUCUCUUGGGAUGGUAAGCGAUCAUGAAUUCAUGAUGGAUUGAUGGCCCGAGAGGGAUCCGAAGAAGAAAGGUGCCGGGUGCCGGGGCGGAUAGUGAAGUAGUACUGCAAUUUCAGCGCCAAUCGUGAGUAUGAGAAAAACCCUCACAAAACCCCUUCGUACCAUUUCUGCAAUCGUCAAAUACAGCAAUGGAAAAUCCAAAUUUCCUGCUUUCCUCACUGCACAUUUCUCGAAACCCUACCCGGAGUCUCAUUUCGCUUCCAUCCCAAAAUGGGUAUUUACCGCCACAAAGCUCCCUCCACCAGAAUGGGUGCAACCUUUCACGGACCUCUCUGAUAUCAUCACCGACCACAAGAACCUCCAACCGUCUCCAUGGGUCUCCCAAAUUUUGAGUCUUUUGGAUAAUUCACCCACCAUGGAGGAAAACUUGAAAACUUACUGCAAAAAAUUUCUUAUCAAGUUAUCACCCAAUUUUGUUGCAUUUGUCUUGAAGUCAGGGCAGCUUUCUGAAAAUUCUCAUACUGCUUAUAGGUUUUUCACUUGGGCUGGUAGGCAAAGGGGGUAUGCUCAUAAUUUUGAAUGCUAUGUGUCUUUGAUAGCAAUUUUGUCUGCUUGUAAUGAUGUAAAUAGACUUAGGGAUAUUUUUAGGGAGUUAAAAGAUAGGGAUUUUAUGAUGAACUUAGUGGGAGCUAAUUCUUUGGUUAGGAGUCUUGGAAGUGUGGGGAUGGUUGAGGAGUUGUUGUGGGUGUGGCGAUGUAUGAAAGAGAGUGGGAUUCAACCUACUUUGUAUACUUAUAAUUUUCUGCUGAAUGGUUUAGUGAAUUCUAUGUUUAUUGAGUCUGCUGAGCAAGUGUUUGAGGUUAUGGAAAGUGGGAAAACUCCACCAGAUAUUGUUUCAUAUAAUACAAUGAUCAAAGGGUAUUGCAAGAUUGGGAAGAUUCAGAAAGCAAUGGAGAAGUUUAGAGAUAUGGAGGUCAGAAACGUGGGACCUGAUAAGAUUACUUAUAUGACCCUCAUCCAGGCAUGCUAUUCAGAGGGUGAUUUUGACUCCUGUCUGGGACUUUAUCAUGAAAUGGUGGAGAACGAGUUGGAUGUUCCAUCGCAUGCUUAUAGUUUAGUAAUUGGAGGACUUUGUAGAGAUGGUAAGUCUUUGGAAGCAUUUGCUGUUUUCGAAAGUAUGGUGAGGAAGGGUUGUAGACCUAAUGCUGCAAUUUAUACUUCCUUGAUUGAUUCAUACAUGAAGAAUUCAAACUUGGAAGCAGCUAUGAGGCUUUUUGACAAAAUGAAGGACGAAGGGCUUGAACCUGAUGAAGUUACAUAUGGGGUUAUUGCAAAUGGUUUGUCCAAGUGUGGGAGAUUGGAAGAGGCCUUACAGUGGCUUGAAUACUGUCAGAAAAAUAAUAAAGCUAUAAAUGCCAUGUUUUAUUCAAGUCUAAUUGAUGGCCUUGGCAAGGCAGGGAGAGUAGAUGAGGCUGAAAAGCUCUUUGAGGAGAUGGCUGAGAAGGGGUGUCCUCGCGAUUCUUAUUGUUAUAAUGCACUAAUAGAUGCCUUAGUUAAAAGCGGAAAGAGUGAUGAAGCCAUAAUGCUUUUCAACAGAAUGGAACAAGAAGGGUGUGAUCAGACUGUGUAUACAUAUACAAUAUUAAUCAGUGGUUUGUUUAAAGAUCACCGAAAUGAAGAUGCAUUAAAAUUGUGGAAUAUGAUGAUUGAUAAGGGUAUAACUCCAACAGCUGCUUCAUUUAGAGCUCUUUCUACUGGACUCUGUCUUUCAGGCAAGGUGGCGAGAGCUUGUAAGAUCUUGGAUGAGCUGGCACCAAUGGGUAUUGUCCUAGAGACUGCUUUCGAAGAUAUGAUCAAUGUUCUGUGCAAGGUUGGCCGUAUUGUAGAGGCUUGCAAGUUAGCUGAUGGAAUUGUUGAUCGUGGUCGAGAAAUUCCAGGUAGAGUUCGUACAGUUUUGAUAAAUGCUCUAAGGAAAGCAGGGAAUGCAGAUUUAGCAAUAAAACUGAUGCAUAGUAAGAUUGGCAUCGGAUAUGAUAGGAUGGGUAGCAUUAAAAAACGUGUGAAGUUUCGAACUCUGGUAGACAAGUGAGUUUUAGGCUAGGGUUUGAAUCACUUUGAAUCCUUGCCACAAAAUAGUCCAUUGAAUAACAUUUUAUGCAUAUAACUGGUUUUCUGUGAAACAAACUUUGUAGCAACAGUUGACUUUCUAAGCAUACUUGUGACAUUGGUGUUUCAAUGUUUCAUAAACUUAGACAAGGGUGAAGCAUAUGAAUUGCCUAUAAUUUUGCAA